AAAAAAUCUGAAGAGGAGAUGAGCCGAAAACACCCAUAAAACGGCUGACCUACCCAUCGAAAAUUUAAUCUCUCUUUGAUUUGGAGAACCAUGGAACUCCACCUCCUUGACAAAAGCAGUGGCCAAAAAUCUCAAAGGCCCUUCAAAAGAAAUUCAACCGAAAAUCUAGGGACCUAAUUCCUAAAGUCUAACUUGCCGCGACUUCAUUUUUUUGUUUGUCAAGUGAAAAGGAACUCACACACACAAAAAAUAUAGAAAGAAAAAAAGGAGGUUUUGAUUUUUAAAUCUUCUUUCGAGUUCAAUUUUCAAAAAAAAAAAUAAAUAGAAAAAUCAGUUUUAGCUUAGCUUCUCAUUUCAAAAAAUAAAAAUAAAAAAUAUUCUAUGUCUUUCUUUCAAUUUUUGUCCAUGGAGGUCGAUUGAAGAAGCGUUGGGGAUUCUGGUUGGUAUUUGAUUUUCCUUUCAUUCGAGAUUAGAUUCUGAGGUUCCGUCUGUGGCUCGUGGUAUGUUCUGUUGCCGUUUCGAUUUUUCGGUCAACAUUUCAACACCGGAUUCGCUUGUAAUCGUUGUACCGAAUAGAGGCAUACAUCAAAGAAUUUUAAAGUUGAGGUGGUCGGUUUGUGAUAAGCGGACAACACAAGAUCCAAGAAAAAAUGAUAACUGACACCGAAGCUGUUACAAGUGCUCAAGAGACUCAGGGUCAGAGGGUUCGACAAGAGGCUACUGUGUUUGAGAAAAAUAGAAUACUGAAACAGCAAAUGAUCAAAAUGUGUCAAGCAUGGGCCAAUGACCAAGGACAGCCAAGUUAUGAGUCACAAUUUGCUACCCAGCAAGAGCAGUACCACUCUCUUGAGUACCACUCGUAUUUGUUUGACCUUCCUGCAAAGAUUGAGGAGCCUUCCCGAGAGAUGGCACAGAAAGAAAUGACCCAAAUGGUGAAAAGCUUAGAACAACAGUUGAAAAACAUGCAAGGAUUGGCAGGUCAGAAGAGUAUCGCCUUCAAGGAUCUAUGUAUGUUCCCCGAUGUCCACUUGCCGCCUGGCUUCAAGACUCCCAAAUUGGACAAGUAUGACGGACAUGGAGACCCUAUGGCCCACCGGAAAAGGUAUUGCAAUCAGCUAAGAAGUGUGGGAAGAAAUUAAGAAUUGCUAAUAGAUUAUUUUGGGGAAAGCCGUAGGGGAGUAACAUCCGAAUGGUUUAUGGUUCAAGACACAUCUCGCUGGUACGUCUGGGAUGAUAUGGCACAGGACUUUGUCAAACAGUUCCAAUACAAUAUUGACAUUUCCACGGACUGCAAUUCCCUUUCAAACCUGAAAAAGAAACCAACUGAAAGUUUCAGGGAAUAUGUCAUUAAAUGAAGAGAGCAAGUGGCUAGAGUUAAGCCACCCAUGGAUGACCACGAGCUAAUCAUUGUCUUUCUUCAGGCUCAAGAGCCAGAUU